AUGAAGCCUCAGUCGAAAACUAACACAGGGAUCAAAGGGGAGACUUCAACGUCAGCCCAAGCUCGCCCCUCGAAAACCGCUGGAGAGGGAGAGGUGUCGCUCUCUUUCCAGGACGAACUGGCGGCGACGAUCCACGGUGCGUUUGAAGUGGCUGUGGAAAUUGCCGUAUUAGAAGUCACUAAACUGGUAGGUCAAGCGCUUGGGGAUGUCCGCGAUCAGAUGCACGAAACCCUACGGGAAAACAAGUCUCUCAAACAACGCUUGCAAACAGCCGAGCAAGAGUUGGGUGCUGCGCGUGAAUGUGUGGGAACAACGAGAGAUGCAAGUCCGCCGGGACAAUUGUCUACAAGUCCUUUCCACAACGACAACUUAGCAAAGACUCAAAAGCAGUCAAAGGACAAUGAAUUAAAGAUCAAGUCCUCAUAUGCAUUGGAUGAAUAUGGAUAUGCAAUUGUGGAGGCCGAGAUCAGUAGUGAACGACAGAACGACCAUGGAUCUUUCAGUGAAAUCAGCGAGGAUGGUCGGGUGUGUUCGCAAGACCUACAUCCAGCUUCAAGGGGACAGUCUAUCCCUCACCACGACCUGCUUAAAGGUAAGCCUGUAGUCCUAUUUAUCAAGCCAAAUGAAAUGCCAUACAUAAAAUAUUAGAGAAAUACAGUGUUAUCCUGACUAGCUAUAGACAAUAACAAUAAAUACAGUCUUAGCCUGUCUAGAUAAGAACAAUUGUUCUGAAUGUCUUUUUAUUUUAAUUUUCUUUACAGACGCCAGGGAAGAGACCUCCAGUUUGGACCACAAGGCAAGUGUAGAAAGCAUCAGUCAUAGUGGUCUAGAAAUAACGUUUGGAGAUAAUGACCCAUCACCGCUUCACACGGUUUCCCAGAGCCUUGGGAUGGCGCAGGUUAGAGUGAAGGAGGAGAACGGUUCUGGGUCUGGCUCCAGCUCUGGUUCCAGUUUUGACUCGGUGGUAAAAGAAGACUUUGGUCCUGAUAGUCUGUCUCUGGUUCAGUCCAAGAUGUUAGAGGAGUGGAAACCGGACCCUUUGGACUCUGACUCUCUGCUUCCUGGAACCAGCCAUAGUCUGUGUAAGUACCAGAUAAUAGCAGAGAGCUUCCAAAUAGCCACUGACUAUAACACCCACAAGAUGUCACUAGACUUCAUAAGAUUGACCACUUACUGAGUAAUACUAACGAUUAUGUGUCAGUAUCGCUCAAAAUGAUUAUAUCAGAAUGAGUAACACCUUUGCCUGCAUGUAGAAUGUAUGCAUGUGGAACAUGCAUAAUAAAACAUGAAAUCAUUUUUUGAUGUAUACUCUCCACAGCUCACCCUCCUAUGGUCAACACAGAGGUUCCACAUCUGACUGCCCCAUCAGCCAGUGCCCUUCCAGCCUUCUCCUCCCAGUUCCCCAACAACCUCUUCCAUCCAAGGGAGGCAGCAGCUCCCAUCAUCCCUGCUGCCCCACCACAGCUCUAUGGAGUCCAGAUCAGGACCAACCCCAACCCUAAUCCCACCACCCCCCACCUCAGCCACAUCUGCAAACUCUGUGGCCAGGGCUUCCACCAACCCAGCGAGCUCCGCAGACACCACACCCAGGACCACCCCAAGCGACAGGUCUUUCCCCCGGGCCAGAGCCCCUACCACUGCAGUGAGUGUGACCGGGAUUUCAACCGUCUGGAGAACCUGAAGACUCACCUGAGAAUCCACACUGGAGAGAGACCCUAUACCUGCUCAGUGUGCUCCAUGCGCUUCCGCCACUCGGGGGCGCUCACCAGGCAUUUUCGCAUACACACUGGGGAGAAGCCGUACGUCUGCGGCCAGUGUGGAAAGACAUUCCGGAACUGUGGGGGACUCCGGUUCCACCAGCGUUCCCAUAGUAGACAGGGACAGUGCUAGAGUAGCGAUUUAGGGGGGGGGACAGCUUUGUGGAUACAGCAGAGAAAGCUCAGUCACUACCUCCUUUGCCAUAAUGGUCCAGACCCCUUGGCACUGGCUGACAGUCUUUACCAAACCAUUCAAGAUGAAAAUGUAUUAAACUUGGCCAGGCCUUAAAGGGGAAAUCUGCAGUCAGUCGCUACAAAUGUUUAUUCAUUUAUAAAUUAAUGAUAUGUACC